AGGGCGGCGCGUCACUUCCGGUAGCGCGGAGCUUGUAAAACACCCUGGAGAGAAAAUGGCGACGGCAGCGGCUUCGUCGCCUCAGCAGCUCUCGGAUGAGGAGCUAUUCUCUCAGCUCCGCCGUUACGGCCUGUCCCCGGGCCCCGUGACGGAGAGUACCCGCCCGGUCUACCUCAAGAAGCUUAAGAAGCUUCGGGAGGAAGAGCAGCAGCAGCACCGGUCUGGGGGCCGCGGCAGCAAGACGCGGAACAGUAAUAACAAUAACACGGCAGCCGCCACGGUCGCGGCCGCUGGACCUGCGGCGGGGAUGGGGGUCCGGCCGGUCUCGGGCGACCUUUCCUACUUGCGGACCCCUGGGGGCCUGAGCCGAAUGGCGGCCUCGGGUCCGGAGAGCCCCCCGGGAGGGCCCGGGGCCGCCGCAGCCGCCCCCGCGGCUGGCAGCAAAGUGUUGCUGGGCUUCAGCUCGGAUGAGUCGGACGUGGAGGCCAGUCCCCGGGACCAGGCUGGCGGCGGCGGCAGGAAGGACCGGGCUGCGCUCCAGUACCGCGGGCUCAAAGCGCCGCCGGCGCCCCUGGCCGCCAGCGAGGUGACUAACAGCCACUCGGCGGAGCGGAGGAAGCCCCAUUCCUGGUGGGGGGCCAGGAGGUCGGAAGGCGCGGAGCUGCAGAUCCCGUCGGGGAAAGACGGGGCGGCGGAGGAUGAGGAGGAAGAGGCGGACCACGGGGAAAACGGGAACCCCGACGCCGAGGAGCCGCUGUGGGCGAGCCGAGUCGUGAACGGCAGCCGGCUUCUCUCCUAUAGCUGCCGGGAAAACUAUUCGGACUCGGAGGAAGAGGACGACGACGACGUGGCCUCCACCAGACAGGUAUUAAAGGACGACUCUCUCCCCCGGCAUCGGCCCAGACGCAGCCAUAGUAAGCCCGUCUCUCCGUUGACUGCUAAAUCUGCCGGCAGCCGGCUGGAGACCUCAGUUCAGGGAGGAGGAGGAGGACACGGGAUGAAUGACAGGGCGGCGGCUGCCGGGAGUCUAGACAGGAGCCGAAAUCUCGAAGAGGCGGCGGCGGCGGCGGAGCAGGGAGGUGGGUGCGAUCAAGUGGACUCCAGCCCCAUUCCUCGAUACCGUGUUAGCUCUAAGAAACUGGCUCCUCUCCUACCCUCGCCACUUCCUGACUUGGACUCAACCUUGGAUUCGUCUACAGGCUCCCUUCUUAAAACUAAUAAUCACAUCGGCGGUGGGUCCUUCAGCGUGGAUCCUCCCAGGAUUUAUUCCAACAGUCUCCCUCCCAGUGCUGGAGCCACCCCUAGUUCACUCAGGCUCAAUCACGCCAACCACAUGGGUUCUAAUCAUACCUACCUGAAAAACACAUACAACCAACAGAAGCUUUCCGAACCAGAGGAGGAACUUCUCCAGCAGUUUAAACGGGAGGAGGUUUCCCUACCAGGGAGUUUCAGUGCUCACUACUUGUCGAUGUUUCUCCUAACUGCUGCCUGCUUAUUUUUCCUAAUACUGGGACUGACUUACCUAGGAAUGAGAGGGACAGGAAUAUCCGACGAUGGAGGAGUCAUAAAAAACUCAUUUGAUGAAACAUUUGGAAAAGUACAAGAAAGUGAGAGGAAUCUUAUGAUGAGCACAUUAUAUAAACUUCAUGAUCGAUUGGCACAACUUGCAGGAGAUCAUGAAUGUGGCGGUUCUAGUGAAAGAACACUUUCUGUUCAAGAAGCAGCUGCAUAUUUAAAAGAUUUAGGUCCUGAAUAUGAAGAUAUAUUUAACACCUCAUUGCAGUGGAUUUUAGAAAAUGGGAAAAAUGUUGGAAUAAGGUGUGUUGGUUUUGGCCAUCAAGAAGAACUGAGAAAUAUAACUGAUGUGCAGUUUUUACAAUCCACAAGGCCACAGAUGUCCUUUUGGUGUCGUUUUCGACGUGCUUUUAUUACUGUCACCCACAGAUUAUUAUUAUUAUGCUUAGGUGUAGUGAUGGUUUGUGUUGUUCUGCGUUACAUGAAAUAUCGUUGGACAAAAGAAGAGGAGGAAACAAGGCAGAUGUAUGAUAUGGUAGUAAAGAUUAUAGAUGUUUUACGAAGUCAUAAUGAAACCUGCCAGGAAAAUAAAGAUUUACAACCUUAUAUGCCUAUUCCACAUGUACGAGACUCCUUAAUACAGCCUCAUGACAGGAAAAAAAUGAAGAAAGUCUGGGAUAGAGCUGUUGAUUUCCUUGCUGCCAAUGAGUCUAGAGUUCGCACAGAAACACGAAGAAUAGGUGGUGCAGAUUUUCUAGUUUGGAGGUGGAUCCAGCCCUCAGCGUCCUGUGAUAAAAUAUUAGUAAUACCUUCUAAAGUAUGGCAAGGCCAAGCAUUUCAUUUAGAUAGAAGAAAUUCACCACCAAACAGUUUGACACCAUGUUUAAAGAUACGUAAUAUGUUUGAUCCAGUUAUGGAAAUAGGGGAUCAGUGGCAUUUGGCAAUUCAAGAAGCAAUUUUAGAAAAAUGCAAUGAUAAUGAUGGCAUUGUUCACAUUGCAGUAGACAAAAAUUCACGUGAGGGUUGUGUGUAUGUUAAAUGUCUGUCUCCAGAAUAUGCGGGAAAGGCUUUUAAGGCUUUACAUGGCUCUUGGUUUGAUGGAAAACUGGUUACAGUAAAAUAUUUACGACUAGAUAGAUACCAUCAUCGCUUUCCCCAAGCUCUUACUUGCAACACUCCCUUGAAGCCAUCAAACAAACAUAUGAACUCUAUGUCUCAUCUUCGCCUUCGGACUGGCUUAACCAAUUCUCAAGGAAGUUCCUGAAAAGACAUUCUUCACUCCUAGGAUUGUUAUUUACAAUAGGAAAAUUCCUGUUUGGCUACUUGUCUUCCUUUCUAAAUGUUUUUGUAUGUAAUAUUUUUAUUGCUAAGUACAGCUCUGAGAGUUCCAGAAAUCUUAAGGUUCCAAAGGGAUUUAACAAUAAGGCAGCAAUACUAAGUAGUUUGAAUAAUUACUUCAUUCAGUUUUUGGAGCUCAAUUAAAAAAGUGCAUUUAAAGUUUUGCAUGAGGAACACUGACUUUAUACACAUUUUCAGAUAUUGUGGUUAUAUUUUUGCACGAAGAAGUGCUUGGAUAACCACACAAAAGCAUGGUGAAGAGACUUCUUGUAUUUCCAUAAUUUCUUGUGAGUUAAUGUGAAUUUUUAUAUACAGUCACCUGCAUAGGUCCUUACAGGCUAAUGUGGUAAAACUGUUAAUUGCCAAUUUAACCUUAGGUUUCUGUUGCUUAUAAGAGAUUCAUUUGCUACAGCUGGAAUAUGGGAAAAUUUAUUUGAUUUUAAUGGUCGCAUAUAUAUGUAAGUGGAUGUACAUGUACUUAAACUGGCUUUUGUAUAUAUGUAUAAAUGCUGGUUGUGGUGAAAGUAGUCUUGUUAUGUGAGGAUGUCUGCAUAAGCAGUAAAAUAAGCUUUCUAUUUUAUUCAUAAUUUGUAUAUAUAUGUAUAUGUGUAUAUAUAUGAAUAUGUGUAUAUUAUGUGUAUACACAUAAAUAUACACAUAUACAUAUAACUAUACUAUUAUAUAGAUUAAACAAUUGAACACCUGGAAGUAUUAGAUAAAACUUAAAAUAUCUUUUAUAGAUUUUUUAUAUUAAAACACCUUACUGAUUUUGUGUGAAGUUCUGACACCAGUUGUAGAUUCAAAUUUAUGUGAGCAAUAAAGAAACAAUCGGCAGAUAUUGGAAAAUAUUUUGUGAAAGGCUGUAUUUAUUAAUAUUAGGGCUAUGAUAUAGUGCUAUUGGGAUUAAGUCAUUUGCCCAUUCUAUUUAUGAUUUAAUGAUAUAUUAGCACCCUGUUACAUGUCAAUUUUAAAGCAGGGCACAUUGUUGCAGCAAAGUAUGUUAGACAAAUUAUACUUGUAAUUUUGGGUCAUGAACGUUCAAUACGGUAAAUGCACAAAUGACCAUUGGUUUGUGCUUCACUAUUGAGUUUUUUUCAAUAAAGUUAUUUUAUUACUCUUUGAUUUCAGAUUAAAAUAGUUACUGAGCAGGGUUUACUUGUUAUUUUAAACAACUGGGUUUUUAAAGAAAUAACCAGUCAGUAUAUCAUUGUCAGUUCAAAUGAAUAUGUGAAACAGCUGGAAUUGUACCAAUUUUGAUUUUGUUUAAACUUUAGUUGCCUUUUUGUUUUAUUGUAUAUGUUGGGUUUGCAGCAUGAACUUGCACAGAUACUGCACGUUUUCUGGUUAAUUAAACAUGAUGCACACUAUUCUCUAACAGAAAACCCUAUUGUGCCUUACCUAUGUGCUUUUGUGGGCACCAUGUUUAUGAAGAAUAAAAAAUGAUUUGUUAUCUGAAGAAAAUAAAUUUUAAAUUCUCAGUUUAUGUCUCAUGCUAAAGUGUGAAAAUAUAAAUAUAUAUAAUAUAUAGAGUAACCAAUCUUUCUGUAUUUUAUGUGCAUCAUAGUGAUUUAUCUGAGCAUAGUGAUCCCACCUUGUAACCUAUUGCAAGAUUGAAUGUAAAAAAUAGUUGUGACAUUUUAACAGGUCGCCUUUUGAUGCAGAUGCAUCUUCUUCUUGCUUCUGAAACAUAUUUCGUGUAAACAUUGUACAUUUAUUAUUGUAAAAUAUAGUAUGAUGCAGCUUAUUUUACCUGAAAUUGUUAAGCCGACCAAGAUUCCUCCCUGCAAGAUGGAAGGGAAUGUGUAUAAUAAUUAGAUAUCUGAGAAGUUCUGAAGUUUGAUGUAAUCUGUUACUUGUCCUGUUUAAAAAAAAAACAUUCUAAUUAAAAAUUUAUUAGGUUUUUUAAA